AUGACACUGACGCGUGCUCAACGUGCCCGUUCUAUUAAUAAUAGAUCUUUAGGGAUAAAUAUAGCUCCAACACCACCAGCUCCGCUAUCUUCCUCUAUAUCAUCAUCAUCCACAAUCACGACAAGAAACAAUCGCGCUACCAUCAAAAAGCGUCCUGCUCGUGUACGACGUAGCAUCAAAGUGGUUAACUAUCACGAAUCUUCUUCCACGUCAUUUUCCUCUUCUGAUGAGAAUGACGGUGAAGACAAUCUUUCGGUCACUACUACGCAGAAUAUAAAUGACAUGAGCGCCGAGAAAAAGAAUCGCCGAGAAACAAGCCCUAGUACCUCCGAACUUGAGAGUCUUGACGAUGUUUCUGAUCUGUCGAGUAAUAUCACUUCAGAAGAAACUGACGAUUCCAAUUCCGAUACUGAGCUCAAUGUUCCGAUUUUUACCAAAGAAUUUUUAGCGUAUCAUAACGAAAAAGAAGCUAAACAAUUUCAUCUCUCCAGUCUAAGCCAAACGAGCACUAAUGAAAUUGAUACGUUUCGAACUCGCAUCCAUUUGAUCCGUUCCGACUCAGAAACGAAACGGGAAGAAUCUAAGGCGUUAGAGAUAGCCAACCAACAAAUCAUUCAACAAGUCAGCGAGAUCCGUCUUGCGUUAGGACUAUUGGAACGUAUGAUUGGUCCAACAGUCAGGUCUUCUGGUAUGCGGUUGGACGAUGCCGAAAAUUUAGCCGCAUAUGUUGAUGGCUUUCGUGAGAGAGUGGCUAGCGGGUGUCUAUUACAACCCGAGUAG